AUGACGCGCAAGUCCUGGGCUGCCAUUGCUGUCUUGUCGUCCCUGAUAGCUUACGUAUCGAUCAACAGUCUCUACAGAGCUGUCAAUCCGUCUGCGUUCAUAUGGUACGAAGAAGACUACGACGAGCCGCGAUGGAUCGCGAGCUCCCAUUCGUGGGUGGACCGCAAAGCCUGCCGCUGGCUAGGACUCUGCGGUACAGCGCACCUACGCCCAGUCCGGCCCCGGUUUGGACAUAGGAAAGCAGGCCUGCAGGAGCCUGUGGACGAUGACAACGCACCCUGGCGUUCUGCAUGGGGUCCAGCUGCCAAUUUCUCCGCGCAAUGGUCGGACGAUGACCGGGUCCUGCGGGAGAUCCCCGACUAUGUUUUCGAAUACGCGCCUCUGGUGCAUUUGUUUUCCAAAGAGCAAUUCUGGCCUGGCGACAUUGCAGAGCAUCUAUACCAUAUCACCCCCAUGCUGAACUAUACGCCAAUUCAGUCCCCGUGGGACCAUCCCACAUUACGCAAUCUGGACCAAUUGAAUCAAUUCCAGGAAGGAAGACAUGUUUUCUUAACCAGUAACGAUAAUGUUGAAGAUCGACCGGACUGGCUGGAAGGAGAGAAGAAUAUCCCCGAUCCAGGUGACUCAGACCCGGAAGAACCCUGGGCCGAUUGGGAUGGCAGAGUGGACGGCACUAUUCCGGGGGAUACCUAUGACGAAAGGACGAAGUGGUACGAUUCCGGUGAUGAAAGCCCAUUGCAAGAAGAGACUGGACCAGUACCGGUAGAUACGCCCGAAGGUGAAGAGUUUCGCGAUGAACUGAGAAAACGCUAUGGCGGGAAGAGAAUCCGCGAUGAAGGCCAUAACGGCGGACGAAGUGAUGCCCCUGCCGUUCUGAUCGUCGUAGACAAGGGACACGGCAUCAUCGAUGCCUUCUGGUUUUACUUCUACAGUUUCAAUCUGGGGAAUGUGGUUCUGAACGUGCGCUUCGGUAACCACGUAGGUGACUGGGAGCAUUGUCUCGUGCGGUUUCACAAUGGCAAGCCGAAGGCGUUGUUCUUCAGCGCACACUCUGCCGGUGAGGCAUACAGCUAUGAGGCGGUCGAGAAGAUCGGGAAACGGCCUGUGAUAUACUCUGCCGUUGGCACCCAUGCGAUGUAUGCCACGCCGGGGAUACACGAAUAUAUUCUGCCGUGGGGACUCCUCCAUGACGAGACGGAUCGGGGCCCACUCUGGGAUCCGGUGCUGAACUCGCACACUUACACGUACGAUUAUCUGAGCGACACCCUCCGCGCGUCCGUCCAAAACCCCGCUUCUCCAACGGAGUGGUUUUAUUUCAACGGCCACUGGGGCGAUAAGUUCUAUCCUCUGGGUGACAAGAGGCAAUACCGGUUUGCUGGACAAUACCACUACGUCAAUGGCCCACUGGGUCCCCGAUUCAAGAACCUCAACAGACGGAAGGUCUGUCAAGGCACAGUGCACGAUCCUUGCGUGAUCAAGAAUUGGAUUGGCGACCGUCCACGGGCCAAACGCUGGACGACCUCGGGGACGGGCGAGUAA